GUCACUUACAGAAGGUAUAAAGAAGCUUUGUAUUAUGAAAGCAUCAGUCCAACAUGGCGUCUUUUAGUACUGUUAUGGUCUUAAUGUUGUUUUGCUGUAGUAGUUUGCAGUAUGUGUCAAGUAGAAGAACCAGAAACAAGCGUAACGUUGAUUCGUCGAUUAACAGUGUGCUUCAGUCAUUUUUGAGGAGAAUCGAUGAAAUGAAAGCAUUGGUUAGAAAACAGAACAAUAUGAUUAACGAACAACAACGGACCAUUAARAGAUUAGGAUGGACUCUUAGAAGAAAGGGUGACCAAGAACGACUAGAUGAAAUAGACAGAGAUCUCAAACACCAGUACGUUCUCCUCCAACAUGACGCAAAAUUACAACCACUGACAGCUUUCAAGAACAWUGUCGAUAAAUCAGCCAAAAAACUACAGAGUGUUACCGAGUCAAUUAAAAUCCGUUCAAAGAUCGCCAAUGACUUGUACGAUCGCCUCGUUAUGAGAGACAGAAGAAUCGAUUGUAAAACCUUUUACACCAGUUGGAAGAAGCAGGCAGGAGACAAGAUUGGUUCUCUUAGUAAACACUUCUUAGAAUGUCCAAACAAAGAGUUUUUACAGAGUUUUUUGUUCCAGAGAAAAGAUGGUGGUCCUGAUUCAGAAGUACGGUAUAAAUAUCGUUGUUGUCGAUACAACAUUAAAGAUAAAUGGGUCCCUCGUCCCAGGAAUAACGAAUAAUAUACACACAGAAUUGCGACGUCCUCUGCUUCGUUUCUACGUCUCCUGUAUUGCGAUAUCAUAAUUGUAUAACUAAGUAAUAUUGGCAACAGCCGAGACGUCCAACAUGGAAAUCAUUAAGAAUGUUUGAUUGUAUAACAGACUUUUUGUCAUAUUUUCGUAUGUUAAUAUAUACUAGGGGUACAACCUAUAUUUUUUGUAUGCAAAARAUAAUUAAAGUUUUAUUUAGUUAACUAGUCUCGA